GUUCGCAAACACUGCUGAACGCGGUACCGUCGCUGCUCCGCUCCGGAAUUUAAGAUCUUGGUAAACUAGCUGCUAACGGUAGCGAGUCUUCUGUUCGAACGAAAGUGAGUGCGCGCCUGGUUGUGUAAACAAAAUUUGUCGCCAGCCGAAAAACAAGUGAACUAAACUGAUCCAGAAGGAAACCGAAAGUGCAUCGCUAAAUAAAAUCACUGCACCUGCCGCCGAGUGCACCUGUUUCCCCAAGUGCCGUCGCCCUCCGCAGGGAACACGUACACACACGCACCUUUGACAGUGGAUACGCGCAGAAAUGCACGGGGAAUGUGAGGUGCAGCGGAGUGCCUGAUAACUUAAUGCCAGCCAAAGGGCCGUAAAAAGCAGCGAGGCAGAAACAAAAACAACAACAAAAACAAAACAGUGCGACCUUGUCUUGUCUUCGCCGGACUUCUUUUCCGCCAUCCAUCAAAGUCGGACUGCUCUGUCUUGGGAUUACACACAAAACACAUUUGGAUACCAGCCCCAUUCGCUCAAAGAUGCUGAAGCACGUCCAAAUCUCCCCCCUGCGCAACCGCUCCGACUCGGUGUCCCUCCGCUCCUCCGGCCACGCCUCCUCGUGUGCCAGCUCCAUGUGCGGCAGUCCGGAGCCCCCGGCGGAGCUGCAGAGGACUCCGUCCCGCGCCUCCAGCUACUCCAGCCUCAACGAGCAGCUGCCUCAGACCACCAUCAAGGUGUACACCAACUGCCUGAAGAUCGACAUCGAGUACAAGACCCUCGGGAUCCAGUGGGACACCACCAGCAAGGAGGUGAUUGCCCAGCUGCUGAGGCGCCUGAAGAUGCGGCACCGCGACCCGCGCCUCUUCUACCUCUCCAUGGAGGUGGCCGUGCGGAGGGCGGGGGUGAAGACCAUCCUGGUCCUGGACGACGACACCCGGCCGGCCAUCAUGCAGGCCUGCCACCCGAAGGGCGAGUCCCGCUUCUGCCUGCAGCUGAAGCCCGGCGGCCUGAUCCGCGUGCACACCUCCGCGCUGCAGCCGAGCUCCCAGUACAAGUCGCUGGUCAUCAGCGAGGAGACCACCAGCGACGAGCUGCUCCACCUGCUGCUGGGCUGCUACGGCUCGCCGGAGCCCGUCGAGAGCUUCUCGCUCUACGAGGUCUGCCCCGGCCAGGAGUGCCAGCGCAAGCUGCACGCCGACGACCUGCCCCUCCGCGCCCAGAUGGAGCGCAUGAAGCGCGGCGAGGGCUGCCACUUCCUCGUACGGCGCACUCCCAACUACGCCCGCCGCCGCCAGCUGCUGGCCAGCCUGAACGAGGCCAUUGGCCAGGCGAACGAGGCCGCAGAGGACGCCGCCAGCCUGCUGGAGCUCUCCCUGGAGUCGGACCUCUCCCUCUCCGAGGACCUGCGCAGCUGCAGCAGCAGGGGCAGCAGGAGCAGCAGCGAGGACCCCGAGGACGAGGACGCGGACGAGUGCGCCAGCAGCUCCGGCUCCUCGGACAACUCAACGGAGUGCGCCCUGCGCCGGGACUUCUACCUGCCCUCUGCCCCGCCCUCGAAUCCCACGCCCCCGCCAACGGUCGCCGUGUCGCCGCCCGUUCGAGCCUACAACCCCGUGUACAACAUCCGCGAGAUCCGCACCGCCUCGCACUCCUUCUCCGCUCUGGGCAAGGACAAGAAGCUGCUGGACAUCCACAUGAACGCGCGCUUCGCCUCCGCCGGAGUCUACCGCCGGCUGGUGCCGGUGGCGGAGGCGGAGGCCCAGGAGCUGAGCACCUCCAACGGGAACAGCAGCGGCAACGGCAAGCUCUCGGCGGAGGCCGUCAACAACAACCCGGCCAAGGGGCUGGGCCACUUCGUCUACCUGUAGUGGAGCUCGGAUGGAGUCCGGAGUCAGGCGGAGGAACGAGGCGUUUGGACCAAAGAUGCAUUUGUAGUUUAGGCACUCAGGGUGCGCAGUGUA